AUGUAUUUUAACGCUAUUUGGUCGUACCUUAUGACCUUGUGCAUGGCCGCUACUGUUGUCUACGCGGCACCUGUGUCCGACUCGAAUAACGUCCUGUCCUCACGAACGUCCCAUGCUCAAGUCGGACAUCCAGUUUCAACUUCUCCGCUUCCGCAGAUCACAGCGACAAUCCUAGAACCGCUUUACAAGACCAGAUUGGAGAAUGACUUGAGAUACCAAAAAGCCACGCCCCAGACGAAAAUUGUAUGGCCGACGGGGAUGGAGGUUGUACAUGCAACGAUGGAAUGGGUGAUGAAAUGUGUCUAUACUCGCCAUGUUCAAGCUGCAGGUGCCAAAGCUGUCGGUUUUAGUAGCCACACCGCUCACAGUACUCCAUCUGGACGAUCAGUGGGCCAUCUCCAUGUCGAACUCACCAAUAGAGGCGAGGGGCUUCCACAUAUCGUCUUCGAGUUCACAGGAGGUCCUUUCGGCGCAAAGGCUUGCGAUCCAUAUUGCUUUGCACAGUUUGACAAUGUCAAUUGGGCGCCGGAAGGGAUUGUUGUUUCGUGGAGUGGGGAGGUUAUUGGGUAUUGUGGGGAGGAUUAUGGAGCCUUACUCAUUCUCCUUUUCUCGGGAGUAGAAGAGAUGAGGUGGCAUAAUAUGGCUAUGGAGAUUUUUGCCAAGUGGAAGCAGGAGAAGGAAAAGAGUGUGAAAUAA